GUCACUGUCACUGGCAACUGGUAACCUAACUUUUAUCAAAACAAAAACAUGUUUAUAUGAUUGAAAAAUAUUUUGAAAAAUGGAUAUUUUAAAAGCUGAAAUAGCCCGUAAACGAAAGUUAUUGGAAGAAAAAGAACUCCUAGGCACUGAUAAAAAGUAUUUUAAAAGAGGAGAACUUAUAGCCAAAGAACAAGAAGAUUACAGGAAGAAGUAUUAUUCUCUUAAUGAAGCAGACGAUAAGUCCUCCACCAUAUCAGAUGGUGACAAAAUCGAGUCUGAUGUUCAACAUAGUAUUUUACCUCGACAAGAAGUGAUAACGCGGUUAAGAGAUAGAAGCGAGCCAGUUCUUCUUUUUGGUGAAACAGAAAUAGAUGCAUUUACGAGACUACGAAAAUGCGAGCUUCUAGAACCGGAAGUGAACAAAGGUUUUCGCAAUGACUUUCAGGAAGCCAUGGACCAAGUGGAUCAAGCUUACCUCAAUGAGCUGCUGAAAGAUUCUGAGGCAACCAAAAGUAUAGAGAAAGUUGACAAGAAAAAACAUGAAGCAACUAUUGGAUAUGAAGCAAUCAGAGAAAUGGCUAAGAGUAUGGGGAGAGGCAACAGGGAACAUGACAUGACUGUUAUUGUGCAUUUUAUUCAAUUGCUGCUAAAACAGUGGAACGACCAGUUACAAAACAGACCAAAGGAAGAGAAAGCAGGCACCAAGGGAAAACUGCAAGGUGCUACUUACGCUCAAACUCAAGAAUACCUGAGGCCGCUUCUAAGAAAACUGAAAAAUUUUUCCCUGCCGGAAGAUAUUUCCGACAGCCUUACUGAAAUCGUUGUUCAUUUAUUGGAAAGAAAUUAUUUAAAGGCUAGUGCUGCAUUUCUCCAAAUGGCGAUCGGUAACGCCCCUUGGCCCAUUGGAGUUACCAUGGUAGGUAUCCACGCUCGUACCGGUAGAGAGAAGAUCUUUUCUAAGAACGUGGCUCACGUGAUGAACGACGAAACGCAGCGAAAGUACAUACAAGGUUUAAAGAGAUUGAUGACCAAAUGUCAAGAAUUCUAUCCCACUGAUCCGUCUAGAUGUGUUGAGUACCAAGCCUUUGGAAAGCCCGAGGCAUCGACUAGUGAAUAAAAGGAAUAUAUUCAUAUAGUUCAGAGAAAUAAGGGAAAAAAUAUCCUGUUCGCGACACAACCCUCUCCAGGCCGAAACCAAAUUUUUUAGUAGUAUAGACAUCUAUAUUAAUAACGUGUAUGUUUCCUGCAGCCGAUUUUGAUGAUAUACAUAGUUAUAAACAAACUAACGUUCUUAUUACACGGAAUGCUGAGACUUCUGGUGCUUAAAUCAUACCCUAAAUUUCAAAGCAAUUGGUCAAAUAGUUUAAAAGGUAUUUAAUUUGUUUAUCCCAAAUUAAUUUUUUUUGCAACGCUAUAAGUCAGAAAAUGAUGAAGUUACAGUAAUACUUUGGAUAAUUUAUGAAAGAAGAAGAUUUAUACUAUUAAUUUAAUUAAAAACAAAUGACAAAAAAUAAUUAUAAAUACUGCAAAGUUAUUUUGCAAAAACAUGUGAAUUAAAAAAAGGGGGGGCUAACUUCGUUCCUAAGUGUCCUAGGACAAUUGUUUUUCUUUCUAAAUGUGUAUAAAGAUUCAGUCUUUCCAAAUAUGAAAAAAUAAUUUUUCUACGGGUAACGGUUAAAAAGUUAUUCUAAUUGUUUAUAAGGAAGCAAAGAAUCGACGUGUUUUUGCAAAAUAAUUUUACACUGUUUAAAAUUACUUUUUGUCAUUUUUUUUAAUUAAGUCAAUAUUAUAAGUGUUCUUCUUCCAUAAACUGUCGGAAGUCUUACUGUAACCUCAUAAUUUUCUGACUUGUAGUGUUGCAAAAAAAUGAAUUUGGGAUAAACAAAUUAAAUAACUUUUAAACUAUUUGACCAAUUGCUUUGAAAUUUAAAAUAUAAUUUAAGCCAGAAGUCUCAGCAAUUCGUGUAAUAAGAAGGUUCUAAGUUAAUUUUUACUUAAGUUAUGAAUAUUUAUAAAAACUCAAAAUUUAUGAUUUAUUUUGCAAUUUUCUAAGCAACCAAUAAGGAUAGACAUAUUCAGAAAACGUCAUAUUGAAAUUUUUUAGACGAAUUAUGAGAUUCUUACUCUCAAAUUUGUUUAAAAUACUUAACUUUUUGGUUAUAGACGAAAAAAGCGAAAAUUUACCGUUUCUUGAUCUUCAUUUGUUUAUAACUAUGUAUAUCAUCAAAAUCGGCUGCAGGAAACAUAUACAUUAUUAAUAUAGAUGUCCAUACUACUAACAAAAUUUGGUUUCGGCCUGGAGGGGGAUGUGUCACGAGAAAAAUCUAAUUUCUCUGGACUAAUAGUGCAGCAUUGAAGCGUAAAAUAGGUUUUUACCUCCGAAAUUUUUUACUAUGAACCGAUUUACAUGAGAUUCUGGAAUUAUGCUUAUCUUACCCUUAACUUCAAAAGUGAUAUUGACAGGAACUCCGUUUUUUAUUUUUAAGGGGCGAAAACAACCCCUUAAUGGAAAAAUUGACAUUGAGCCAUUUUAUCGCCAGAAAACGUGUUUAAUAAUAAAGAGUGACAUUGUGAAGUGUCUUCUAACACAUGAUGCUUGUUAAACUCAUUUUCAUCCCCUUGAAAACCAUACAACACUGAAAAGCAAACAACCCCUAAAUCGAAAAAAUUUACAAAAAAUUAAUUUAGUAUGACAUAAAAAAUUUUAAAUAUAGAGUAAAUGAUAUUUUACGUUCUCUAUCUUAAUUAUCAUAUUGUUAACACCCUUUCAACCCCUAAAAACAACCCCUAAAUAGAAAAAAUUUACAAAAAAUUAAUUUGGUUUGACAAGAAGACUUAAAUAUAGAGUACAUAAUAUUUUACGUUCUCUAUCUUAAUUAUUUGUUAACCCCUUUCAACUCUUAAAAUGAACCCCUCGAUUAAAAAUUGUAUAAAAAAUUUCUUUUGAUAAACUAAAAAGGGUUUAAAUACCGUUCCACGUUCUCGAAAAAGCUAUGCUGGAAAAUCAUAUGCCCAAGUUCUUUAACCCUUAAAACUACCCCUAAAUUAAAACAUUGAAUAUGUAUGAUUAUACAUUUAAAAAUUUUUAGUUUACUAAGUAGAAAAAAAUAGGACUAGUUUUUGGACCAUAACUAUUUCAAUUUUGAAGCUAUCACAACUUAUAAAACACCAUUUUGUAGGUAAUUAAAAGAGCUACAACUUUUUUCAUCAUAAUAUGUAGUGAAAAAGCUUUUAUUUUGAAACGGUGAAGGGUCAAAGGGCUCGAGAGACACUGUGGUUGCGCUACCGCGCGCUCUUUAAUCAGUCAUAUCUUUGUCAAUUUUUGUGUGAUAGGAAAAAAAAACAAACCAAAAUUUUUGUCAAAAAAAUCCUAUUUUUAUUUAUUAUUACAGUUUUUUACGUAUCUUUCAUUAUUUUUGAGAUAUUAUGAAAAGAAGGUGUUUUUUUUUUAAUUCGAAAAAUUUUUUCCUUAAAAUCGUGAUUUUUUUCAAAAAAUAUGUGUUUCAAAGCAGUGAAACUGCUAGAAUCCAUCAAACUCUUUAUACUAAAGUUGAUUCUAGACGGAAUACGAUUAAUUUUAAUUUUGGUGGAAAUGACACUUAUGAAAUCCAUUGAUUUAAAAAACCAUUAGAUGUUCCUCUUUCUUUCAUUACAGCUCACUCAUUUUGCGUACAAAAGACUUUUAACAGUGCUCAUUUUAAAGCUUAUUUUAAGCACUAUAAAAUCCUUUCUCAUUAGCAUGCAUAAAAUUUAUUCGCUCUCCGCUAGAUGGCAUUGAAUACAUCGAUUAAAUUUCACACAAAAUUAAAAAGCAGCUUUGAUCUUCAAUAUCUCGCUUAAUAUUGCACUUAAAACACUCUUUAAAAAAGCAAUUUGUUAAUUUUUUUACCUGCUACAAUUUUGUUCAUUACAAUAUUAUCGUUAAAAUACAUAUUUUACACAUUAAAUACACAUUUUUUGAGAUAUUUGCAAAAAACUGUUGAAAAUCGUGAGAAAAUUCCGAAUUUGCAAUUGCCAAUAACUUAAAAAGUAUUGGGUUUUUGAAAAAACUGUAUGCAGCAUUUUUUGCUUAUUUUUUUGUUGGCUUAGACUUACCGUCAUACUGCCAGACACAUAAGGAAUACAAGUUAUCAAGUUAUACAAAACAGGUUUAAAACAAAGAUAACAACUAAAAGGUAUUAAAUAACACUAAGCUUAACAGCUAAAACAACUAACUACCAAAGGUAUUAAUUAAAAAUGUUUAAGGGAAUUAUAAUGAUAAUUUGCUGUCUUUUAAAAAGUUAAUUAAAGAGUUGUAUACAUCUACAGAACCAAGUUAUAAUAAAUAUAGUAUAUUCCAAGGAGUUGCUACUGUACAUUUUAAUAAAUCAUUUAUUAAUUUAGAUGAGUAAAUUGUAUUUUUAGAACAACCAAAAAAUAUAUGAUCUAAAUCACUUUCCUCUUCACAAUGCUCACAUUUAUCAUUAUCCAAAACUUGUAUUUUAAAUAAAUGCUUUGGAUAACAUGCGCGCCCGAAUCGUACUCUAAUAAUAGAAGUUAUGUACUUUCUAGAAGCUCUACAAGACUUGUACCAAGGAAAUUUGGGAAUAUCGGGCUGAAUUAACGAGUAUCUAUUUUGAUUCACAAAAGAGUAUUCCUUCCACUGGUAGCUCCACUCCCGAUGCAGUGUUGACUUGAAAGAGAUUAUACUAUCAGUCAGUGUUAUUUUAUGUAGAAUACUGGUAUCGGAUGAAACGCUUUCAUUGGCUAAUAAGUCGACAUACUCAUUAUGUUCAAAUCCUGCGUGUGCUUUAAUCCAGAUAAAAUGUACAUUGAUUCCUUUGGUUAAAAGAUUUUGUUUAAUAUAUUUAAUUUUAUAAAUGUAUGGGCAGUCUUGGAUGUUUGGGGAUUUUUUGCUUAAAAUUAGGUCUUCUAUCGAUCUCUGAGGUUAUUUGAAAAAAAAUUCCCACCACCGAAAAGGGGUGGCAACCACCCCCAGGGUGAAAACGGAGUUCGGGUCACUAUCACUUUUGAAGUUAAGGGUAGGAUAAGCCUAAUUCCAAAAUUUCAUGUAAAUCGGUUCAUAGUAAAAAAUUUCUGAGCUAAAAAGCUUCAAUGACUGCACUAUCAGGGAAAGUAUUAAAUAUGGUAUGAUAAAAUGUAGAACUUUAAGGAGCACACAGUUUCGUGUGUAAAGAUAUGUCAGAUUCAGUAAAUUUCAACACUGUUCAAUUUACGUGUGGUAGGUAUACUUAAAAAAUCCUGUAUAUACAUGUAAAUAAAGCUUUUCAAUGUAUAAUAAUAUUUUUAAUAAAUUUCUGUAAAAGUUGA